AUGAAUGAUUCAAUUGGCUAUAAUAAUAAUCAUGAUGGGAAUGUCAAUCCCAAAUUUGAAGAUCCAAGUCUUUAUUGGCAAAGAAAUAAUAAAAUUGAUAAGAAUGAUUGGUUAUAUUCAUUAAAUGAUUUAAAUUCAUCACCCUCUGUUAAGACUCAAUAUGGAUUGAAGAAUGAACUGGACCGUUAUAGAAUGUCACAAGAUAGAAUCAUAAAUGCUUGUAAAAUGCUGAAUAUUGGUAAAGCUGCAAUUUUUUGUUCAAUGAUUUAUUUACAACGAUUUUAUCAACGUUAUUCAAUGAAGGAAUUUUCAACAACUUCUAUUAGUUGUGCAUGUCUUUAUAUUGCUUGCAAGAAGCUAGAGAUGCAUAGAAAUUUGAAACAACUUUCAGCUGCUUAUGCUAGAAUCAUUAGUGGGAAAUUUAGUCGUAGUGAAGAUAUACCUGAAGAUAUUCUUUGGAAAACAAGAGAUGAUCUUGAAAUGAAUGAAGAUUUUGUUUUAGCAACUUUAUGUUUUGAUUUGAAAUUAACUAAUCCUUAUCAAUAUAUUGAAGAUAUUUUAAAUCCAAAAGGUUAUGAUUAUAAAUUAAUUAAAGCAUUUACAAUAUCAAAAAUUGAAUCAUUAACAACAAGUCAAAUUUUUUUAAUUUUUAAAAUUGAAGAUAUUAUAAUUACAUUUUUAAUAUUUUCAUCAAUUUUGAAAAAAAUUGAAUUUCCAAUUGAUCAUUUUAAAAAUUUAAAUUUAGAAAUUAAUCCUGAAGAAAUUUUAAAAAUUAAAGAAUUAACUAAAACAAUUUAUCAAACUCAUGAAUUGAAUUCAACACCUUUAGAUGAUGUUUUAAACUUGGAUAUAGCUGAGGAAGAUAUCGUUAAAGUGAUAAAUGGUUCAUUAACAUCCCCACCUGAACCAUUACCUGAACCUGAGUCUGAUUUACAAUCACAACCUUCAUUACAACCCAACCAACAAGAAACAUCACAACCAAUUCAACCUAAUCAAGUAUCAGAUACAACACAACUAAACCCAACUUUACCUAAAGUUACAUCUCAAAACAAUCAAAAUGUUUCACAAUUACAACCAAAUGAAACUUCAGCUCAAAUACCGAAGCAAAUAUAUACAAUUGAUAAAAAAGCAGAUUCAAUAGAAUCUCCAAAACCUGUUAAAGAUGAAAUUUCAUUACCACCUCAUGAAGAAGUUCAAGAUUCUGUUAAAAAUGUUAAAGUUGAAAAAAUUGAAACAAAACCACCAAAUUUAGGUGAUUCAAUUAAAAUUGAUAAGGCUAUAAAACAAGAGAAUAAACCUAUUGAUUCUACUAAAGUUUCGAAAAAGGAAAAUGAAUCUACAAAAUUACCACCAGGAUCUAUUGGAACAAAAUCUAAAAUUUUCCAAACAAAAUCAACAUUUGGAAGACAAAAUUUAAAUAUACCAAAAUCAAAUUCAGUAUUUGCUAAAACUAAAUCACCUUCACCUCAAAAAUUCAUCAAUUCACCAACAAGAGAUUCAUUAAAACCAUCAUCAUCAAUAAAGACUGAAAUUUCAUCAAAACCAAAAGAAACAACAACAUCAAAAACAUCAAAAGUAUCAAAAGCAUCAACAGCGGUAGAUUCUAAAAUCAAUUCACCAAUAACUAGAGUUUCAGCACCAAUUUCAAGACCUAAAUCACCAAAUACAGAACCAACAACUACAAAAAGAGUUACAAGAAGGAAAGAAAAUGAUAAAGAAUCAAGUCCAGAUUCAAAACCAAGUAGAAAACUACCUGUAAACAUUGCACAACCUCAUGCAAAGAGAAGCGCUUCAUCUACAAAUUUAAGUGGUAAAGUUCCAAAUAAAAGACAAACUACUGGUGAAAGAAAAUCAAAUGCUGGUAGAAAAAGUAGGAAGGACAAACUGCAAAAUAUUUUAGAUUCGAUUGAUUCUGAUUUGAGUGAUUUAUCAGAUUGA